AUGUUUGGUAACCUCUCUGCAUUCCAAGGUGAGCCUCAAGACCAUUUUCCAUCUGGGAAACGACUCACCAAGGUGACCGGCCACGCCCCCGUCCCCGCGUUCGGAUCCUCAGCUCCCCAGUACGUGCCUGUGCAUUCGCCACUGGCGUCGUCCAGGAAAUUCGCGCCGUCGGCCGCCAUGGACGCCGUGGAGACGGAGGCUGACGGCUCCGACCCCAUGGAAUUGCUGCACGUCAAGCGACAGGGCCAGCGCGAGAGCUUCACACGCUAUCGGCUACAGGAGACACUCAUGCUCAUGGGUUGCAGACCAAAAGACGCCGUCACUGUCACGAAGGAGGUCUUCGCUGUGUUCAGUAAGCACUUGUCCAGAGAGAGCAACAGUAGCAGUGGCAGUCUAUACAGCAACAACAGCGACGACGAAGAGGACAAGGAGAGAGAGGAACAGAAACUCUCCAUGCCUUUACCCUGGCAUCUACUGCACCAAUGCAUCUACUCGUCGCUGGCGAGAUUGGAUUACGUCAAGCCACACCAUUUGCUGGACUUUGAGGUGGCCAAGGAGAUUACUCAGAGGAAUCAAAGCUUUGCCGUGCUACUUGGAGGGACAUCUGGCACGGGAAAGUCGACGUUGGCGUCGUUAUUGGCAGCUAGAUUGAGACUUACGACUGUGUUGCCUACGGACUCAGUACGUCACGUGUUAAGAUCGUUCACAUCCAAAGAAGAAAACCCUUGCGCGUUCGUAUCCACAUACCAAGCUGGAGACGCCUUGUCGCCUGAGAUGAUUGCAGCUCUUCAAGGAGAUCGAGAAGAUAUGUCAGCUGCUAGAUUGCACAAAAAGAUGGUGCUGAAGGGCUACAAGAUGCAGUCAGACCUCGUACUGGAGAAACUUGACCGUGUCCUGACGAUGUUUGAAGAGCGUAAGCAGUCUCUGGUGGUGGAGGGAGUGCAUCUGAACAUGGAUGACCUGCUGACGCUUGUAAAAAAACACCCGACAUGCGUACCGUUCAUGAUCUACAUCAGCAACGAGAACAAACACCGCGAGCGAUUCGCUGUACGUGCGCGCCACAUGACCAUCGAUCCGCAGGAGAACAAGUACAUUAAACACUUCGACAACAUCCGCAUCAUCCAGCGUCAUCUUUGUAAGCACGCAGAUCGGUGUCUCAUCCCCAAGAUCGACAACACCAAUGUCGAUCGAAGUAUCGCUACGAUUCAGAGUACAUUGGUCCGCGUACUGCGAAAAUUGGAUCGCGGAGAGAAACUCGUGGACGACAAGAUCGGUAAAUUCGUCAUGCUGUCCCGUGAACACGAGAACUCUAUCAAGAAGGCCUGGUCGAGUAAAGGGGUGCGGAAGGCCAUGCGUCCGCUUAUCAAGCAAAAAGUCUCCAAACGAUUGCUACUACGUCGGCUACUUGCUGAGCAGACGUCCGACACUUUCGGAGUGCCUGACCCGCACCAAGGGGAAGAUUCGUCGAGCAGUGAAGAGGAGGAGGACGACGAUACAGGACGCGAAGCCGAUGAUGAGAGAAUGGCUGAUGAAGACGAUGAAGACGAACAGACCACGGUCGUAGGCAGCUUACUCAGUGGUACGAACACGCGAGAUCACUCAACUACGGCAGGUCUGGCGUCACCUAUGAUCUCUCUGGGACAAGCGACGCCAACGCGUCAAAAGCGGAUGUUUCUGGACGAGAUUGAAGAGCAUUCGGCCGGCACAAGCGACAACGCCAAGUUGAUGCGCUCACUAUCUCAAGCAAUUCGUCAAGCGGCCGUCUGGCGUGCCAGUCAACCUUUGACGAGCUACACAGAUUGGGAAUCACAUUUGCCUCCGGCCAGUCCAGAAGUAACUUUUUCUGAUGUCGUGGAGAACAUCCCGGGUUUUGCUGCUGCAAUGGAGAAGGGAAAACGGUCCGCUUGGACGUUUGAGGAGCGACGAAAGUCGUGGAUGGCUGGAGAUCUGCCAGCUGACGCGCCAAGUAGUUUCGGUAUACAAAUGACCAGUAGCAGGACACCGCCUCCGAGUGCUUCUCGACAGUUCAGGGCGUUCUUAGAAAGUCAACGCGUUGAAGGAGAGGCUCAGCUGCAGAUGCAAAGAACGCAUCAACAGCUUCAGCAGCAACAAGUGCUUCCUGUUACUCACCAACUACCACCAAUUGGUAGACGGGGGAAGGGGAUUGCUCGAAGAGUGCACUCCUUACCCCCAGAGCCGCUUCAGGACAGCUCGAGCAGCUUGGAUUUCGACUUCGACAGCGUGUCGAUGACAGAUGCCAAUGAAGAUGUCGAUCAUGUAUCACAGACGUCCUCUCCACGUGACGGAUGUGUUUCCCCAUUGGAGCACAGCUACGACGAUACCGACAGCCACUUUGAGGUCAGCUCACAGAGCUCUGUGGAGUGA